AUGGGAGCAGCGAUGAUGAACAACGUUGAACAGGACAUCCUGCGCAAAAUCGAGCGCGAGCGGAACAUCAUCCAGGGCGCGUCAAACUUGAAGAAGCGGACGGACAAUGUGAUGGUGAUCCAGAAGUGCAACACGAACAUCCGCGAGGCACAGCAGAAUAUCCAAUACCUUGAGGACACGCUCAAGAAGCUACACCUCGAAAGCCAGGCGGUGGCGGUGUCACAGGUCUAUCCGGGCUACAGGCAGCUCAGCACGAUGGCACCGCACGAGCACCGUUUCUCGCGUCUCGAUUUGUCGAAGUACGACUGUCCAUCACUUUCACAGCGCAUACAGUACAUGCUCCAGCAGCUCGAAUUCAAGCUUCGCGUUGAACGUCAAUACCAAGAAGCGAAUGACAAGUUGACCAAGUUGUACCAGAUUGACGGCGACCAGCGUAGCAGCUCGGCAGCACAGGGAGGUGCCCAGGAGUCAAAACAGCGGAUACAGCUAUUGACGAAGGCUUUGAAGAAAUAUCAGGCGCUCAAUGUCGACAUGGAACAGCUUAAAGAGCAAGCUGAUGACGCACUAAACUCUCAGCAGAAGUUUAGACGCAAACAACUAACCGGCGAGUUCACUAUUGGACUUACUGCUAUCCGCGAUAUAGAUCACAUACAAUCACCGCUGUUUUCGAAAAAUCCCGAAACCAUUAUUACUGUCAAAGUUGACGAUGUUGUUCGGGCUAAGACCAAGCCAACCAGAACUGAUAGAUGGCAUGAAGAGUUUACCAUACACGUGGACAAGGGUAAUGAACUGGAGAUUACUGUAUAUGAUAGGAUUAAUGAUCGGAUUGUUCCUGUUGCCGUCAUGUGGUUAUUACUAUCGGAUGUUGCUGAGGAAAUCCGUAAGAAAAAGGUAGGACAGGUGGGCUCCCCAACGUGGCUCGAAGCUGCCAGCCAGCUUCCCGAUGCUUCGGAUCCAUAUUUGAAUACUUCCACUGCUCAUCUUCCGUUGGGGGGGUUGCCUUUGGCAACUCUCGACCAGCCACCGCCUGAAUCUGCUCCUGAUACGGCACACGCUCAGCCCAUUACAACGAGCGCGUGGUUUGUCCUCGAACCUGCAGGUCAAAUAAUGUUGACUUUAGGGUUCAGCAAAUCCAACCAGAACGUGAGAAAAGAUAUACCGGGCGGGCUUCGCCGCCAUGGUGCUAUAGUGAAUAGGAAAGAUGAUGUCUACGAGAAGCACGGUCACCAUUUUGUGCAGAAGUCUUUCUAUAAUAUAAUGUGCUGUGCUUAUUGUGGUGACUUUUUGCGUUACUCAGGAUUCCAAUGCCAAGACUGCAAGUUCUUAUGUCACAAAAAAUGUUACAAUAAUGUUGUUACUAAGUGUAUCGCGAAGACUAGCACGGAUGGUGACCCUGAGGAGGCUAAAUUGAAUCACCACAUUCCACACAGAUUUGAGCCUGUGUCUAACCGUGGGACUAAAUGGUGCUGUCACUGUGGUUAUAUUCUACCAUGGGGUAAGAAAAACGUCCGGAAAUGUAGCGAAUGCUCAAUCAUGUGCCAUACGCAAUGCGCUCAUUUGGUACCUGAUUUCUGCGGGAUGACUAUGGAGAUGGCCAAUAAGAUUUUGACUACUAUCCAAGACACAAAGCGGAAUCAACAGCAGCGCCAAAAGUCGUCACCUGCUGGACAGAUGCUAGAGGAUGCAAGCAAGAUGAUACCUUAUAAUACCACGGGUAGCUCAAUUGAAGCUCGGGGAGGUGCAGCAUUCUCCAAGAGACCGACUGCUUCUACAGAGACAUCGCCAACUUCACAGCUCUUGGCCGAGGACCACUCUGUCCAGCCAUAUCCAGAUAUAUCUAAUCUACCAUCAGCUACCUCGUCCUCAGAGCCACAAGAUAAACAUUCUAAAAGACAAACGCGCCUAAUAUAUGAUGACGAUGAUACGACUGAAGAUAGUGCUUAUUACAGGUUUUCUGAAAUGACUGGUCAGAAGGAAGCUCAAGCAGAAUCUGCUACUUUGGAUCCUGGUUCGGUCUACUUGCUCAAUGAUGAAUUACUUGAUGAUCACCCAACCACUGCAUUGAUGUGGCAAACUAUGAAAGAAGAGGAGGAACAGAGGUGGUUAUUGGAGCAGAAGAAGAAAGAAAUCAGCAAGCAGAUAAAUCAGGAGGCGCCUUCACAAUGGGAUCCACAACAAAACCCAUUUAAUUCGGAUCCCUCGGAAAGUAUAACACAGCGUACCUUGGCCGCCGAAGCAGAAACCUCAGUGCAGCUUUCAGAAGCUCCAAAAUCUUUGUCAUCAGCCAACUAUGACAACUACGUUAAUUGUGCCUCUAAUUUGGAACUUCCCUCGGAGGAAAUGGAAUCAAUACCCCAGCAUCCACCUGCACCACUUUCCCCACCAAAAGCGCAGCCGGUACAGCCGGCAAGUGGUAGGCAUAAACGCAAAACACCAAAACGGCGCAAAGUAAGUCUGGAUGACUUCAUUUUGUUGAAAGUUUUGGGGAAAGGGAAUUUUGGGAAAGUUCUAUUGGCACGUUCAAAAAACACAGAUAGGCUCUGUGCAAUUAAGGUAUUAAAAAAGGAUCAUAUAAUUCAAAACCACGACAUUGAAAGUGCUAGAGCAGAGAAGAAGGUCUUCUUGUUAGCAACCAAAGCGAAGCAUCCAUUCUUGACUAAUUUGUACUGUUCUUUCCAGACAGAGAACCGCAUUUAUUUUGCUAUGGAAUUCAUUGGGGGCGGCGAUCUCAUGUGGCAUGUGCAGAACCAAAGGCUCUCCGUUAGGCGGGCCAAGUUUUAUGCAGCUGAAGUGCUACUUGCGUUGAAAUACUUCCAUGAUAAUGGCAUUAUUUACCGUGACUUGAAGUUGGAGAAUAUCUUGCUAACCUUGGAGGGACAUAUCAAAAUCGCAGACUACGGUCUCUGCAAGGACGAGAUGUGGUUCGGUAACCGAACUUCCACGUUCUGUGGUACCCCGGAAUUCAUGGCACCAGAGAUCUUGCGCGAGCAAGCCUACACCAAGGCGGUCGACUGGUGGGCAUUUGGUGUCCUACUCUACCAGAUGUUGCUAUGCCAGUCUCCGUUUUCAGGUGACGACGAGGACGAAGUUUUCAACGCUAUCUUGACAGACGAGCCCUUGUACCCAAUAGACAUGGCUGGCGAUAUCGUCCAGAUAUUCCAGGGUCUACUAACGAAGGACCCCGAGAAGCGUUUGGGCGCCGGCUCCCGUGACGCGCUCGAGGUGAUGGAGGAACCGUUUUUCCGCAACAUCAAUUUCGAUGACAUUUUGAACUUGCGGGUGGAACCCCCCUAUAUCCCCACCAUCAAAGCUGCAGAUGACACUUCCUACUUCGAGAAGGAGUUUACUGCCGCUCCUCCGACUUUGACUCCAUUACCUUCCAUUUUGAGUUCUAAUCUGCAAGAAGAGUUCCGUGGCUUUUCCUUUAUGCCUGAUGAUCUUGUGCUAUAA